CUCCUCUUAUUUCCCUGGCAAAUGUUGUCACCACAACCAGUCACAUUUCUCUCCUCCUCCUCCUCCUCCUCCUCCUUCCUCCUCCGUUCUCUUCCACUCCUCUCCUACAUCCCUUGCUCCCUGCUCGCCUGUCAGACAGUCCCACACAUCCCCCCCAGAGGAUAAGAAGAUGCCAUGGAGGCCACAGGAGGACUGUACAUCUGCUCCGUGCUGCUCAUCCUAACAGAGGUCAGCUCUGAAUACAUUCACAUCCCUUCCCUGGUCCAUCAUGGCAUGGAAGGGAAGCCCCUGCUGCUGUCUGUGGAGACUCACUUCUCGCUGGACGAAGCUGAGAUCCAGGGAACUUGGUCUCACACCAGGCCGAGCGGCACCAGGACCACGCUGGUCACGUUUACCAAAGAAACUGCCAUCACUGACAUGAUGUACCGCAACCGCCUCCUCUUCAGAGAACCCAACGUUUCUUUGCUAAUCCAGAAGUUAAACACAGACGAUGAAGGGGAAUAUCAUCUGAACCUCCACAUAGAGUUUCAUAACAGGACGGGACUGGUGAACAGAGAGAGAACUGUUCGUGUGACAGUAGAUGUCCCAGUGUCCACUCCGGUGCUUGAGAAGAGCCCAUCUAAUCCAGUUGUGGAGGACAAGGCGAACGUCACAUGGACUUGUUCUGUUGAGAGAGGAACAAGAGUUGUGUUCCAGUGGCUCAGGGAUAAUGUGGCACUGACUCCCAGCGACAGAUACCACUUUUCCCAAGACAACUCGACACUGUUUAUCAGCCCUGUGAGGAAAGAGGACAAGGGAACUUAUCGCUGUCUGGCCAGCAACCCAGUCAGUCAGGGCCGGAACAGCAGGGCCGUGGAGCUCAACGUCUACUAUGGCCCCUACAACCUGGAGGUGAACUCCGUCCAGGGCCUGCGGACAGGGGAGGUGUUCACCAUCAACCCUGGAGAACUGGUCUUCUUCGAGUGCCAGGCCGACUCCAACCCGCCGAACAGCUACGUCUGGAUCUCCAAGAACCGCAACACGAGCCAGAUCGUCACGGAGGGCCCGCGGCUGGAGGUGCGCUCCUACAGGCUGGCCCAGGCUGAGGAGUACCUAUGCCGUGCCUUCAACAACGUGACGCAGAAGCAGGACGAGGCCCAGUUCACCCUCGUGGUGGCCAGCUUAGGAACAGAGAAAGAGAAGCACACCCAGAAGGGCAGCCCUGUGUCUCCACUGGCAGCCAUGGCUGUCUGCUCUUCGUUUGUCAUCGGCUGUAUGCUGCUCUUCUUCCUCAGGAGAACCUGCCAUCCUAAGAGAGUGCUCAUGAACAUUUACAACAGGCCGUUUGCAGAGCAGAAACGACCACAUCGAUCAGGUCACGAAGACGCAACAGAAGACUUUGGCAUCUACGAGUUUGUCUCCAUUCCUGGGAAAAUGGAAUCUGCACAGGCGUCCUGCAGAUCUCUGGCUCGCCUCGAGUCAAUCCAGGAUAUGCACACCACUAUCUACGAUGUGAUCAGACAUGUUCCUGAAACCCCCAGUCACAGUCUGCUGACGUAACUUCCAGCUGAAGAGCUGAGAUGUAACUUAGAGUUGUUUCACUUGAACACUUCUGUGUAGCUCUGUUCUCUUAAAUCUCUGUUAUCAAAGCCUGAAGCACUGGUUUUGAUGGCCCAGUUUUUUUUGCACAGGGAGGAGGGAGACUUGUGGAAGUACACAACCUGAUCGUGCACUGUUAUUGUCCAGAGCUUGGGACAGAUGUUAAAUGUAUUUUGCUGACAUUAUUGUGAGUUGAAAAUGUACGUAUGGCUUUGAUCUUUUAAUGUGAAAGUACACGUGAAGCAAUUUUGCUCUCUCCGUUUAAAAGUGAAGAUCACAUUAAACCAAACAAGUUAGCAGUGGCCACUUUUAGAUCUUUUACACCUACAAGGUGCUUUGAUUCCAGCUCUUUAAUUAUUAUUGAAAACACGGAUUUAACUUAAACAAUUAAUUUAUCAGUAUCGAUUUCUAAUUUAACAUUCCCUGCAAAGAGAGUAUGAUUCGUGAGAAGUGUUAUAAUGAAUGCAUUUCCUUGCAUGAAAUAUAUUCAGGUUAAUUGUAAAUAUUGUACAUGGAUUAUCCUGCAGAUUCUUUAUACAUAUUAUUCUAUUUCUAUGUUUUUCUCUAAUCUAUUUAUUCCAGACGAAAUUCUUAACCCCAUUUCCCCAAAUGUAGCAUUCUUCUCUGUUCAUGACUGAUAUAUUGAAAUGUUCAAACAAAAAUGAUGAAUAAUUCCAAAAUUAAUGUACAGUUUGCAUUCACGUUUGUUUUGUACUUUAAUAAAGAUAUAACUGUUUACUAUU